GAUGCCACCCUGGAGUCUCGGAAGGGCAACCGAUGUCCUCCAGGGCCAUGUCGCGAGCUUGUCAAUUCCAGGAGCCAGACAGUGUGAUUGAGGACGCAAAAGCCCGCUUGAGAAAGCUCGAUGUUGGUGCCAAAUAUUCUCACUUGUCGAAUCACAAAUACUCGGUGCUCGUACCACUGGUGGCUAGAGAAGGAAAGCUCCACCUGCUCUUCACCGUCCGGUCUGAGAAGCUGAGAAGGGCGCCUGGAGAAGUUUGUUUCCCUGGAGGGAGAAGGGAACCCACAGACAGGGAUGACGUGGCCACCGCACUGCGGGAAGCCCAGGAGGAAGUGGGGCUGCUCCCCCAUCAAGUGGAGGUCAUCUGCUGCCUGGUGCCCUCUCUGAUUGAAAAAAAGAAUUUGGUCACGCCUGUGGUGGGUUUUGUAGACCACAACUUUGAGGCCCAGCCAAAUCCUGAUGAAGUUAAGGAUGUGUUCCUUGUGCCCCUGGACUAUUUCCUAUCUCCACGUGUCUACUACUCUCGCCGCUUCUCUCAGUCUGGCCACUCCUUCCUUGUGCACUGCUUCGAGUACACGUGCCCUGAAGAUGGUGUGACUUAUUUCAUCAGGGGAAUGACUGCAAAAUUCGCUAUAAUGGUUGCCUUGAUUAUUUUGGAGCAGAAACCCACCUUUGAGGUUGAAUUUAAUCUCAAUGAUCUAAUAUCAUCUUGUGAGAAACAACUGCUUCUUUAUCAUGCUACAAGCAAGUUAUGAUUUAAGAGAAUAAAAGCUGGAAUCCAUCCAGGAGGAUUCUGUGUGUGGCUAUGCACCGAACAACAUUCAUUGCUGCUAUUUGGAUUUGACAAGUGCGAAUAUUUUUCCUGUGAUCUGACAAUACAAACCUUGCCUUUUUUUCCCUUCCAGUUGCCUUCUAUCAUUUGAAGGAAGAGCAAAGGGAGAAAAAUGUAUUAAUAGUGUUGUCUAAUUUCACUCACAAUAUGUUAAAAUUUUUCUUACACAUUUAAGAAAAAGUAUCUGGUACAUAAUAGGCACUUAAUAAACGCUUGUUAUAUAUUGUGA